AUGGCCAUGAAUCAUUUCUCCCAAGAGCACCCCCAGGCCUGGCCCUGGGGUGUGGCCAUGUACACAAACCUACACUACCACCACCACUACGAGAAGGAGCACCUGUUCGAGAAGACCCUGACGCCGAGCGAUGUGGGCAAGCUCAACAGGCUGGUGAUCCCCAAGCAGCACGCCGAGAGGUACUUCCCUCUCAGUGGCGACUCCGGUGAGAAAGGCCUUAUCUUGUCCUUCGAGGACGAGGCUGGCAAGCCAUGGCGGUUCCGGUACUCGUACUGGACGAGCAGCCAGAGCUACGUGCUCACCAAGGGCUGGAGCCGGUACGUCAAGGAGAAGCAACUUGACGCCGGCGACGUGGUGCACUUCGAGAGGAUGCGUGGUUUUGGCUUGGGCGACCGCCUAUUCAUCAGCUACAGGCGUCGUGGUGAGAGUGUAACGGUGGCUGCGGCACCGCCACCACCUGCCGUGCGCGUAGUGGCGCCUGCACAGAGCACUGGCGGAGAGCAGCAGCCUUGGAGCCCAAUGUGCUACAGCACAUCAGGCUCAUACCCAACCAGCCCGGCCAAUUCCCAUGCCUACCGUCACUCGGUGGACCAUGAUCAUAGCAACAUGCAACAUGCAGGAGAAUCUCAAUCGGACAGAGACAACAGGAGUUGCAGUGGGGCUUCAGCACCGUCGUCACGGCGGCUCCGGCUGUUCGGCGUGAACCUUGACUGCGGUCCGGGACCGGAUCUGGAGCCAGAGACACCAACGGCAAUGUACGGCUACAUGCACCAAAGCCCCUACACUUCCAAUAACUGGUUAGCAUUGAAAAUCCAUCAGAAUUUGACGCGGGUAGUCCAUAACAACAUGAUGAGGAGAUUUAAGACUAUGCUUGCAGAAUCCAAACAACCAAAGUAG